AUGCCGUGCGGUGCACGGGAAGCUCUGGAUUUAGUCGUAAAGUUUUACGAGCCUCCACAGUUCCCGAAGCUAGUGCAGAACGGAUCUCAAUGGGGCAGGUUCCUGCGUCUUCGUACUGAAGCUAUCGCCACUGUGCUCGUUGGUUGUGCUGAGAGUGAUGACUUCCGGGUGGAAAAUCAUCCGUGGAUCAGCGACUUCAUCAGUUUCCUCCUGGAUCCCGUGGUUUCGUCCGAGUCGCAAUAA